AUGUCGAACUCCAAGUUGGAAGACACUGGAUCUCCGUCUCGCACAGGUUUGCAUAAUCCAUAUCCCUUAUCAUCGGUCAUAUCUUACAAGUUUUUAUCUCCAUCAUUUAGAGCAUUUACCACUUCUAUCUCCAUCCAUACCGAACCCAAGUCACACAUUCAAGCUCUCAAAGGCCCUAUCUGGCGUGAGGCGAUGGAGCAAGAACUCACUGCUUUAGAGACUAAUGAAACAUGGUCCAUCGUUGACUUACCUCCUGGCAAGAAACCGAUUGGUUGCAAAUGGAUUUUUCGCAACAAAUUCAAAGCUGACAGAUCUGUUGAACAUGCUAAAGCACGCUUGGUGGCGAAGGGCUUCACUCAGCGUAAAGGAAUAGAUUUUCACGACACUUUUUCUCCUGUUGCAAAGAUGAUUUCCAUUCGUACUUUGCUUGCUGUAGCUGCCAUAAAAGGAUGGGAUUUGCAGUAG